AUGACUUUGUUUAGCACCUUUGGGAUUAAAGGUAAAAUGUCUGGUGAAUUAACUGACCCUGAGGACGAAGGAUCGGCAGGGAUCCAUCCUGCAUCCCUCAACUCCAGCUGUUUUCCCAACAUCACCAAUUGCUCUCACGGUGACUUCCACAUGUCAGACUUUGGUAAAAGUGAUUUCGUGGGGGACGGCGCCGCUGUUGUGAGGAUUUCCAUCUCUGUUAUCUAUUCCCUGGUGUGCGCACUGGGUCUAGUUGGGAACGUAUUGGUGCUGUACCUUAUGAAGUCAAAACAGGCGUGGAGAAAAUCUUCCAUCAACCUCUUCGUAACUAGUUUGGCUGUGACUGACUUCCAGUUUGUGCUGACUCUGCCGUUCUGGGCGGUGGAAAACGCGCUGGACUUCACCUGGCCUUUUGGCAAAGCGAUGUGUAAGAUUGUUUCCUACGUGACAGCCAUGAACAUGUACGCGAGUGUGUUUUUCCUGACGGCCAUGAGCAUGGCGAGGUACUGGUCCCUCGCGUCUGCGCUCCAGGGCAGGCGGCGGCGCACGCACUGCUGCUCCGCGCGCUUCAUCUCCAUUUUCAUCUGGUUCUCCGCCGUCUCCGCCGCUCUGCCCAACGCAGUUUUCUCCACAACCGCCACUGUCUCCGGCGAGGACCUCUGCCUCGUCAAAUUCCCCGAAACCAACGGAACUGCGCAGUUUUGGCUGGGACUUUACCACUCGCAGAAAGUGCUGUUGGGGUUUGUGGCGCCCCUGGGGAUCAUUUCAGUCUGUUAUCUCCUCCUUCUGCGCUUCAUCACCUCCAAUAACGUUAACACAUCCAGUGCCAAAAGACGCGCAAAGGUCACAAGGUCUGUGACAAUUGUGGUUUUGUCAUUUUUCCUCUGCUGGCUGCCCAACCAGGCGCUCACAGCCUGGGGGAUCCUCAUCAAACUCAACGUGGUUCAUUUCAGUUACGAAUAUUACACCAUGCAGGUUUAUGUGUUCCCCGUUUCCGUGUGCCUGGCGCACUCCAACAGCUGUCUCAAUCCCAUCCUGUACUGUCUGAUGCGGAGGGAGUUCCGAAAAGCGCUCAGGAAUCUGUUCUGGCGCUUGACCUCUCCAAACCUGACCACUUUGAGACCCGUCACAGCCUCCACGAAGCCGGAGGUGGAUGAGCAAGGACAGAUGUUGGUGCCCAGCACCGCGCCAGCGAUGCCCGCCGUGAUGUUCUUCCCCCCGGGGACUGUUGUGUACAAUGACAGGCGAGAUGUGCCCGAGAACAGCACAGUCCGAUGUGACAGGGACACUUUCGAUCCGCCCUGA